UAAGAGUGGGUAUUUUUCCGGAGUUUAUUUUAGUUUUGUAAAUUCAGGAAUCGUUAGCAGCAAUGACAAAAGAUAGUCACUUAUCCAGCAAAGAUGUAUUAGAGUCCUCCCUACUUCAUCGAUCGUUAACGGCCGCACCAGCCAUAGUAACUAAAACUCUGGGACCUUAUCUCUAUUUACUGAAUGGAGAAAAAAUAUUAGAUGGUUGUGGAGGUGCUGCUGUAAUUUCUGUUGGACAUUCCAAUCCUGAAGUGGUUAAAGCCGUAUCAGAUCAAUUAAGUCAAGUAUCAUAUAUUCACACUUCGGAUUAUACUACUUCCGUAUCGGAAAAAUUAGCUAAUAAGUUAUUGGAAAAGUAUCAAGAUAAGUUGUCCAAAGUUUAUUUUGUUAAUUCUGGUAGUGAAGCUAAUGAAGCAGCAGUGAAAUUGGCUACUCAGUAUUUCUUUGAACAAGGUAAAACUUCCAAAUCACAUUUUAUUUCAAGAAAUCAAUCUUAUCAUGGGAACUGUCUUGCCGGAUUAUCUCUUUCGGGAUUUCCUGCCAGAAGAGUUCCUUAUGAACAAAUCAUAAGUGAUAUAUUUCAUAAGGUUGAUCCAGCAUAUGAAUAUAGAUAUAAACAUAAGGCCGAAACCACUGAAGAGUACGUUAAGAGAUUAGCAGAUCAAUUAGAACAAGAAAUCCUUCAAAUUGGACCAGAAAAUGUAGCAGGAUUUUUUGCAGAAACUGUUGUUGGGGCUACUACUGGAUGUGUGACGGCUCCUAAGGGAUACUUUAAAGCAAUUCAAAAAGUUUGCCAAAAGUAUGAUGUACUUUUAAUUCUUGAUGAGAUCAUGUGUGGAUCUGGUAGAACGGGUACGUUCUUUGCUUGGGAACAAGAAGGAAUUGUACCUGAUAUUACUACAGCAGGUAAAGCAUUAGGAAGUGGUUACUCUCCCUUAGCAGCAGUUUUCAUUACACCCAAAAUAAUCGAUGUUCUUAAGAAAGGAUCAAGUGCAUUUGUUAAUGGUCAUACAUAUCAAUGUUUUUCCUUAUCAAGUGCAGCAGGUCUUGCAGUACAAACUAUUAUCGAGAGAGAUGGGUUAUUAACUAAUGUACUUGAAAUGGGUACCUACCUUGAAAUCAAACUUAAAGAAAAACUUAGUCAAUUUGAUAUAGUGGGAGAUAUUAGAGGAAGAGGUUUAUUUUGGGGUGUAGAAUUUGUAAAAGAUAAACGUACUUUAGAGCCAUUAGAUCCAAGUCUAAAGUCAGGGCCAAAGAUUCAAAGUUUAAUUUUAAAAAGAGGAGUGGCAGUAUAUCCUGGUUUUGGUACCAAAGAUGGAUAUUCCGGUGAUCAUAUCUUGAUAGCUCCAUCAUUUGAUGUAACUAAAGAUCAGAUUGAUAUCAUUGUAGAUACUAUAGCUCAAGGUAUAACUGAUUAUAUAGACAUUUAGUUAGAGUUAGUUAACUAUACUGAUAUUAUUAUAUGCAGGUAUUUCCUUAACAAAUUAUGGGUGUGUGGUGGUGUAGUAAAUCUGAACUUUAAAAAUGUUAACACCGAAUUAUAA